AUUUUCUUCCUUGUAGUUUGAUGUCUGAUAAUAAAUAUCGUCUUGUUUGUUCAUCCUGCAAGUGUCAAGGCUUUCAUCUAGUCAUUUGGGUCGUUUGAAUCAGAGACCCCCGUUCUUAGGAUUUUGCACAAGGCGAGCAUUUCAUUCCUUCACAGCAGAGGAUUCCAACCGCAUAUUCUCGAUCAAUAAACCAGUCAUGGAGGAAACUGGUCCCAAAUUCUAUGUCCACGACCAAUCGACCGCUAUACAAACCUUCCUUCCACUCCUACACCCCCAUCUUCCUUUCUCCAACCCCAUUUACAAUCGGCUUCAGGCACCACACAAUACACCAUCAAGACAUUGUCUCUUUGCCGCAACCUUUCCACCUCCAUCCUCUGAAUCUCCAUCCUCUGCCACAGGAGUAUACACAAUCCUCUUUGCCGAUAGAUCCCGACACGAGGAAUCCCAAAUCUGGAUCUUCAACCCCAUAAUCACGAGCCCUUCCCCGCUGUCUCAAUCCCAACAAGAUGCACUCACAUCCCAUCUUACAUCAGCAAUCCUCUUUCUCAAAGGAGUCACUAUCCCAGAAGCACCUGGGUGGCCAUUCUCCCCUAUUCUCCGCUUCGCCUGUCUCCACGAAACCAUUGGCUCGUCUCUAAGGAAGAUUGCCGAGUCCAGAAAUGCCAUGCCCUACAUCACUGAGUGGAAUGCGUGGAAUGUAUCUACUUCCGCAGUGUCCAAUUCAGCAGAGAGCAAGCCGCUACCUGAAGGCUUCACAGUGGCACGUGUUCCCGAAGACCAACUUGAUAUUGUGCUCGCCACUUCCACGAUCAAGCGUCUGCCUUCUACUUACCUUAUCCUCCCAAACGUGGGAUUGCUGAACCAGGAGGGAACUUUAGUGGCGUGGUGUUACGUUGCUAUCGAUGGCAGUAUCGCAACAUUGUACGUGCUGCCUGAAUAUAGGGGUAAAGGCUUCGCAUCAUAUGUCGCCAAGGAGUUACUGGCAAGACUGAGUAGAGGGGAAUUCAAAGAUAUGGGCUAUGAUGGGAAGAGUGGGUGGGUUCACGCUGAUGUUAAGGCUGGGAACACACCCAGCGAGGGGGUCAUGAAAUCACUGGGGGCGAGCGUGUCCUGGACUACCAGUUAUAUGUGGGUCGACAGUGAUAAAUUUUGAUGCCUAUAGGCAUAUGUCACGGGUUCAACUCGAUUGCUACACACAGGAAGAGACAUGAUCACCAAGUCUUAUGCUAGGAUAAAUUUCAGUCAGUACCUUUCAUUUCAUAGAUAGUUUUGAUCUCUUUAGAACAUACCUCUAUUCCGCCAUUAAUAGCUAAAGCACCCGCAUCCCCAC